CGCGGAGUUUUAUGACCCGCUAUUCUCCAAACCGAACUGCGCAAGAAAUUCCACUUAAACACACUGAUGUGAUCGAGCGGCAACGGAGGAAACGCGCCAGCUGUACGGAGAGGCUUAAAGAGACAUCAGCGAAGAGGGAGAAAAAAUGUGAAUGGCUUCAAGGUAUCAGCAAUAAAACCGACCAAAUGGGAACUGUCGUCGACCUGUAAUACACAGAUUUAGGAUCAUAAGAUCAUCAUAGAAGAACAGAUGCCAGAUAUUGUAAGGUGUGUCCCUGAUGUGCUGCCCGUUUCCUCCCGACGGAAACUUUGACAUGCUCUGCGUUCCUAUCUGGAUACAAGUAAUGUCUGGCACGUCUCUACAAAACCACCUGGAUGGGGCACUGAAGAUGGAAAACAAUGCCAGACAGCGUUUCGACAUCUGUAGCUAAGGCCCUGUUGGAGCGAAGGUGUGCGCAUGUGUUUAUGAACACAUGUUGUUGUGUCCAUCUCCUGACGACUGUGCUCCUCUGAAGUUGGAUUCAUGGAAGAUUGCCUUAGGAUGUCUUUCUCUUAAACCCGACUUUACCCUUGGAUUGUCUGCUUUUUUCCCAGUCUAUAGAAGCAGCUCAUGUCUAGUUUAAUCUGCAUGUAUAGAAAUGUUCUGUGGAUGAGCUUUUCCUUCCACUCUCUUUUUGUCUAAAUUCCUCUCCUCCAUCCCAGUCCCCAUACCCCUGUUGCUAGUUUUGGUUGCUCUGUGAUUUUAUGGCAGUGGUGUAAUCGUGGAGAGGCCGGGGUAUCACAAGCUUAUGGAUUUUGAUAAGAGAGGAGUAGGAGGAGGUGGAAAAGGAGAGGCGGAGGAAGGAAAGAGAAUGUCAAAAACUGGCGGGAGUAGGUCUGGGCAUGGGGGAGGCCGAGGCUCCGGGUCCGGCUCUGGGGUGCUUAUGGUUGGCCCUAACUUCCGAGUGGGAAAGAAGAUCGGCUGUGGAAAUUUUGGGGAACUUCGACUCGGAAAAAAUCUUUACACAAAUGAGUAUGUGGCCAUUAAACUGGAGCCAAUAAAAUCCAGAGCACCCCAGCUCCACCUUGAGUACAGGUUUUACAAACAGUUGGGAAACUCGGAGGGUGUUCCUCAGGUUUACUACUUUGGGCCUUGUGGAAAGUACAAUGCCAUGGUGUUGGAGCUGCUUGGCCCAAGUCUAGAGGACCUGUUUGACCUCUGUGAUCGAACCUUUUCCCUCAAGACUGUUCUCAUGAUUGCAAUUCAGCUGAUCACACGAAUGGAGUAUGUACACACAAGAAGUCUGAUCUACAGAGAUGUUAAGCCUGAAAACUUCUUGGUGGGCCGGCCAGGGACCAAGAGACAACAUACAAUCCACAUCAUCGACUUUGGGCUUGCCAAAGAAUACAUUGACCCUGAGACCAAAAAACACAUCCCUUACAGGGAACACAAGAGCUUAACGGGGACGGCUAGAUAUAUGAGUAUCAACACACACCUGGGAAAAGAGCAAAGCAGACGGGACGAUUUGGAGGCGCUGGGUCAUAUGUUUAUGUACUUUCUGCGAGGCAGUCUACCCUGGCAAGGCCUAAAGGCUGAUACCUUGAAGGAGCGCUACCAGAAAAUUGGAGAUACCAAAAGGUCAACACCUAUAGAAGUUCUCUGUGAGAGUUUCCCAGAAGAAAUGGCCACCUACCUGCGCUAUGUGCGAAGACUGGAUUUCUUUGAGAAACCGGAUUAUGACUACUUGAGAAAACUCUUUACAGACCUCUUUGACAGAAAUGGCUACGUCUUUGACUAUGAAUAUGACUGGGUUGGCAAGCCACUGCCGACUCCAAUAGGACCCAUGCCUAGUGACACACCUCUGCAGCCCAGCAGCAGAGACAAAGCACAACCACAGACCAAAAACCAGUCGCCAGAACCCAAAGGAAGUGAGUCCCAGCCCACUCCCAUGACCAACAGGGAGCUCCUGGGGUCGCACCUCACGGCCGAUAGGCUGGGGGGCUCUGUCCAGGUUAUGAGCUCGACGAAUGGAGAAGUAAACACAGACGAUCCCACAGCCGGACACUCAAAUGCUCCCAUUACCGCCCCUGCUGAGGUGGAGGUGGCUGAUGAUACAAAGUGCUGUUGUUUCUUCAAGAGAAGGAAGAGGAAAGUGCUCCAGCGGCACAAGUGAGGAGAAACAUCAUUGACGCAUUAAGAGUCACUGGCGCGUGCAAAUAAAAAUUAAAGCGAAGGACUUGCAGAUGAAAUGUGGUGCACCCUCCCUUCUGUCUCUGCUCUGAGUCCUCUGCUCAACUUCAGACGAGAUAUUCAGAUACUCACUGCCUCAGUUUGGCUUCUGCUCAGAGAGGACACACCUCAAAGCUCGGGGACACUCUUUGUAAUGAAACAAUUCAGUGGAACAAAUAAAUAUAUUUGUACAAUGUGGGACACCGGAAAUCUUAGAGACUUUAAUAAGAGGAUAUAUGUUAUGUGACUUAAACCCAGAUGGAGCGUUUAAGCUUGUAUUUUAGAAGACAUGCAAAACCAUUAUUGAACCGUAAACUCGGGCACACAAAAAUCCGUUCACUUUGACACACUGGCAGGCUGGAUGACUGAGUGAUGUAAUUCAUGGCGUUUUCUUUUAUGGGAUCAAGAUAAGUCGGGAAAGACUGUUGACUGAUGUGUCAAGAAAUGUACACCCGACUCAAAUGAUGUAAAUUGUUUCUUUAUCUUUGUUUUGUAAUUUAAAACAAGUUGUUUUCAAGAUCUGCCUUCCCCUAAGUUGAACAGUUUUACUCGUUGUAGAAAUUUCUUUUUUUUUAAACCGCUCUUAGUUUUUUUUAUCUCUCUUUGGUUCCUGUUAAUGUGGAUAAUGUUGUAGCACAGUGGCUGGUCUCAGGUACUGUGGGGAGAUGGAGAGAAAUACAUGGGGUCUCUCCUCUGUAAAUUGCACUUUUGGGGAAUAGAAAACCGGUUGGCAUUUUCAUCAUUGAAAUGAACUGAAAGCAGCAGAAAUAAAGGCAGAUAUUGGGAUCAUUUAUACAGCAGGCUGGUCUCUCCCAAAGGGACAAAGUAAUGCUCUCAGUGAUAAUGUGGAAAAAUGUCCUGUGCAUUUCUUAUGUUUUUCCUCCAUUAGAUUAAGUUAUCUGGGAAUCAUAGUUUGUGCCUUUCCGAGUAAAACACUAAACACUAACGUAUCCCUCUCUAUCCAGGUAAGCUGUCCAUGGCCUGCAGAUGUUUAUUCCGUACUGUGUGCUAUAUGCCAGUCUAAUGGAUUUAGUUGGCAUUUAUCAGACUUCUUUCUUUUGAUGUAAAGUGUAUCAUAGCAAGUCCACAAGAAAAUUCUGUGGGUUUAUACUCCGUAACAGAGGUUGCCUAUCAGACUGAGGAUGUAUAUUGAUUUACAUACCAAUUAAAUGUUGCUUUUCUUCUAUGCCUCAAAA